AAGAAAAACGAAAAAAAAAAACCCCAGCAAAAAGAAAUAAUCGACAAAGAGAAACAAUUAAAAAAAAUUUUAGUUUAAUCAUUCUAAGUUUAUACCAGCUGUAUCAUUUCUAUAAUUUUGUUGUACGAGAGGGAACAGUUUCAAUUUGUCUAGCCAGAAACCAACUGACCGAUACAAUAUAACGAAAAAUGGCAUCCAAACAGGUCCCAGAAACCAAAACAGAUUCUUCAGAUCCAAAACUUUUAAGAAGUGCCAGCUUACACGAACUACCAAUGCCUACAAAAUGCUUCCGAAGGAGCAUGAGUGAAUUUUAUGAGACAUUCCGAAGCAAAUCUGCUCGAAAGAUUACUAUGGAAGAUAUUAUUGCCGCCAAAAGUAUUCUUGAAAACAGCAUUAAAAAGACUCCAUGUAUGCGAUCCAAGAUGUCUUCUCAAUUUGGAAUGGAACUUUACUUGAAAAACGAAGCUAUGCAAACAACAGGAAGCUUCAAAGACCGUGGUGCUAGAUAUACGUUACUGAAAUUAACUAAGGAAGAACGGAAAAAUGGAGUUGUUGCUGCAAGUCUUGGUAAUCACGCAAUAGCUUUGGCUUACCACGGAUAUGAACUCGGAAUCCCAGUAACACUUAUCAUGCCUCUCAUUACACCAACCAUGAAGAUCAAAGCGUGCCAGAACUACAACGCCAACAUAAUUAUGGAAGGAUAUCAAUUAGCAGAGUCUCAAAUGUACGCCCUCCAGUUAUCCAAAGAAUCGAAACUCACUUACGUCAGCGGAUACGAUCAUCCUGAUAUGGUAGCCGGUGCCGGAACUAUGGGUCUUGAAAUUGUGGAGCAAAUUCCAGAUUUAGAUGCCUGCAUCAUACCGGUCGGUGGAGGAGGAUUAAUCGCUGGCUGUGCUGUGGCAAUCAAGUUCCUUGUACCAACUUGUAAAAUUAUUGGUGUAGAGGCAGAAGCGUGCGCCAAUUACACAGCAGCAGUAAAAAGCGGUACACCAACCUAUACUAAUCCAAAUCCAAGCCUGGCUGAAGGUUUGUCCAUACCAAUGGUCGGUUCGAAUUCGUUUGCGACUGCUGCCAAAUAUGUCGACAAAAUUGUUACUGUGAGAGAAGACAGCAUUGCAUUGGCAAUUCUGAGACUUGUGGAACAAGAGAAAUCCAUCAUUGAGGGAGCUGGUGCUGUUGGGUUAGCCGCACUCUUGGAAAAUUCCUGUCCUGAGCUCCAAGGUAAAAAAGUGGUCCUGACGUUAUGUGGUGGAAACAUCGAUACUCCCGCGUUGGGAAAGGUUCUUGACCGUGGUCUUGUGGCUGAUAAACGUCUCAUAAAAUUCGUUGCUGUUAUUAGCGAUAAACCUGGAGGAUUAUCAGAUUUUACCACAUUAAUCUCUUCAAUCGGCAUCACUAUCAAGGAUAUCUUUCAUGAACGAGCAUGGUUGAAUGGCGAUGUAUUUUCCGUCAAGGUGACGAUUAUAGCUGAAACCAAAAAUAAACAACACACAGGACAACUGAAAGAUCUACUAGACCGCUACUACGAAAGCAUUGAUUGGGAAAACUAUUUCUAGAUGCGACACACACCCAGUUAUCAUGUUAUUCCGUGGGGAAAUAAAAAUCGUGAAUAAUGAACUUAUUAAAUACUUUACAACAAAAAAUUUUGUAUC